CUCUCCCACCCUCCGCGCUCCCGCGCUCCGUUCCGCCCAGGCCGCGCCCAGCUGGAAUGCAGAGAUCGCCGCCCGGCUACGGCGCACAGGACGACCCGCCAGCCCGCCGCGACUGUGCAUGGGCCCCGGGACCCGGGGCCGCCGCUGAGCCGCGCGGCCUCCCCGCCGCCCCCGCCGCCCUCGCCGCGCCCGUCGCUCCCGCCUCGCCGCCCAGCCCGCAGCGCAGCCCGACGCGAAGCCCCGAGCCGGGGCGCUAUGGCCUCAGCCCGGCCGGCCGCGGGGAGCGCCAGGCUGCCGACGAGUCGCGCAUCCGGCGGCCCAUGAACGCCUUCAUGGUGUGGGCGAAGGACGAGCGCAAGCGGCUGGCGCAGCAGAACCCGGACCUCCACAACGCGGUGCUCAGCAAGAUGCUGGGCAAGGCGUGGAAGGAGCUGAGCGCGGCGGAGAAGCGGCCCUUCGUGGAGGAGGCGGAGCGGCUGCGCGUGCAGCACCUGCGGGACCACCCCAACUACAAGUAUCGGCCGCGCCGCAAGAAGCAGGCGCGCAAGGCCCGGCGGCUGGAGCCCGGCCUCCUGCUCCCGGGCCUGGCGCCCCCCCCGCCGCCGCCGCCGCCUCCGCCGCCGCCGCCCCCCGAGCCCUUCUCCGCGGCGCCCGGCGCGGCCCGUGCCUUCCGCGAGCUGCCCCCGCUGGGCGCCGAGUUCGACGGCCUGGGGCUGCCCACGCCCGAGCGCUCGCCGCUGGACGGCCUGGAGCCCGGCGAGGCCGCCUUCUUCCCGCCGCCCGCGGCGCCCGAGGACUGCGCGCUCCGAGCCUUCCGCGCGCCCUACGCGCCCGCCGAGCUGCCCCGGGACCCCGGCGGCGGCUACGGGGCGCCCGCGGCCGAGGCGCUCAGGACCGCGCCCGCUCCCGCCGCGCCGCUCGCCGGCCUCUACUACGGCGCCCUGGCCGCGCCCGCAGCCGGCCCGUUCCCCGGCCCGCUGUCGCCGCCCCCCGAGGCCCCCCCGCCCGAGGGCGCCGAGACGCUGGGGCCCAGCGCCGACCUGUGGGCCGACGUGGACCUCACCGAGUUCGACCAGUACCUCAACUGCGGCCGGACUCGGCCCGACGCCGCCGGGCUCCCGUACCACGUGGCGCUGGCCAAGCUGGGCCCGCGCGCCAUGUCCUGCCCCGAGGAGAGCAGCCUGAUCGCCGCGCUGUCCGACGCCAGCAGCGCCGUCUACUACAGCGCCUGCAUCUCGGGUUGAG